AUGGAUACUUCUUCAAAAUCAGAGAAUCGAAACACCUCUGGAACUUUGGCCACUUUCCUUCCCAAGGCCUUGUUGCUACAAUUUGGAAAUCAUCCCCGCUUUUCUCCGUCCUCCAUUCUUUUGAAUGGCAAUAACUACAUCACUUGGUCCCGAACUGUCCGCACUUCCCUGUUUGCAAGAGGCAAGUUGGUUUUUAUCACUGGCAAACUACCUAUGCCAUUGUAUGAUGAUGUUACAUAUGAAGCAUGGAUUGAAGCUGAUGCCAUGUUUGGCCAAUACAACUUUUCCCUCAUUUUUCAGUUGCAGAAGAGUAUUACUACAUCAUCUCAAGGAGGAGAUACAAUUUCUGCCUACUACACCAAACUCUGCUACACCAAACUGCAGAAACUAUGGGAUGAACUAACAGCCAUUGAUCCUCCAACUGGCUGCUCAUGUGGUAAAUGCUCUUGUGAUGUCAAUAAACGCAAUGCUGCAAAACUGGACAGGGACCAAUUGAUUCAGUUCCUCACUGGUCUGAAUGAUGCUUACGAAAGCCUUAGGGGACAAAUUCUUCUCAUGGACCCCUUGCCAACCAUGAGUCGCGCCUACGCUCUCCUUUUGGAAGUGGAAAAACAGAAGGAGCUGCAGAUUUCGGAAAUGGAGUUUGCCAAUCAGAACGUAAAUGCAACUGAAGUAAAAAAAACUACUCUCAAUAAAAGAUUUGGAGACAAGAAGAGGCAAGUGCAGGACAAAAGAAAUGUCACCUGUGAGUACUGCAAACGAAGAGGUCAUACCAAGGAUACUUGCUUUAAGCUUCAUGGAGUCCCAUCCUGGUAUAAGGAAAUGCAAGAACAACGGAGUAACAUGGUGAAUGCCACUACUGAAGCCAAAUCAAGCACCACUGAAGCUGUUACAGGUAAUGAUCAUGCAGGAAACAUUGGAGCUCUGGUUCGAUCAGAAUUGCAGAAGCUUCUUGGAAAGACACCAGACACCCAUGUUGAGUUCACCAACCUGGCCAUCGAAUUUGCAGGACUUCUGACCACGUUCUUGGAAUUGGACACCGUACCGAUAAUCUAUAUACUUUCCAGACUGAUACUCCUAUCUCAAAUAAAGCCACCUUAUAUGUGCCAGUGGCAGCCACCACUGCUGACAUUCAUGAAGCUUGGCUGUGGCAUCGACGGAUGGGACACAGUUCUUCUGAAACCUUGAGACAUAUGUCUUUACCUACCAUUGAUGCUUGUAAUCCCUGUGAUGCUUGUCACCGAGCUAAACAACACAGGUUUCCAUUUAAUAAAAGUACUUCCGAAUCUAAUGCUUGUUUUGAUCUCUUACAUAUUGAUCUUUGGGGACUAUACAAACUUGCCUCAUUGACAGGUUGUCAUUACUUUCUCACCUUAGUCGAUGAUUACUCCCGUGUUACUUGGACUGUUCUUCUUCCAACUAAACAACAAAUAUGCCUUGCCAUAGAACACUUUAUCCUUAAUAUCAAAAACCAAUAUGGCAUAACUGUAAAAACCAUUCGAUCCGAUAAUGGUAGUGAGUUUGUUAACAAACAGUGCUACAAAUUAUUCCACCAGCAUAGUAUAAACCACCAACGCUCUUGUCCCUAUAGCCCUCAACAAAAUGGUCGAGCCGAAAUUAAACACAAACACCUUCUUCAAAUAACCCGAGCUCUCCUAUUUCAGGCUGAAUUGCCACACCUUUUCUGGGGGGAAGCCUUGCUCAUGGCCACACACAUCCUUAAGAGACUACCUUCUGCUAGUAUGGGUUGGUGCUCACCAUUUCAAAAGCUUCAUAACCGAUUCCCUACUCUCUCUCAUAUUCACACCUUCGGAUGUCUAUGCUACUGUGUUGACAUGAAUCCACAUCGCACUAAGUUAGAUUCCAGAUCCAAAAAAUGCUUGUUCCUGGGUUAUCCAUCUGGCCAAAAGGGGUUUAAGUUGUUUGACCUUGUGAGUAACAAAGUUUUUGUCUCUAGAGAUGUCCACUUUUAUGAAAAUAUCUUUCCAUAUCCAACACGCUCAUCCUAUUCUUCCUCUCAACCAGUUGUAGCUAUGGUCCCCCCAUUCCUCCUGCCACAACCACCUAUCCAGCCGCUGCAGACCUUCCUCUUACUCGUACUACUGCUCCAUCUUCUAUAUGUGAGUCCCCUCCUGUGCCUUCUCCCGCUCCUCCCUUUAUUGGGACUCCAACUGUACUUGCGUGCCCUCCCACUGAACCUCCCAGGCCUCACCGCCCCCGCUACAAGCCAGUUUGGCACAAGGACUACAUUCUUUCUACCCAUUCGGCACAUUUAUGGCAUCAUGCAUGUACUAUCUGUGAGCAGGAACCAGUAUCUUUUGCACAUGCUAUGAAGGAUCCUUAUUGGAGGGCUGUUGUCGCUGCUAAAUUACAAGCCUUGGAAUCCAAUAGCACAUGGGAGUUGUCUGCUUUACCUCCCGGCACCAAACCAAUUGUCUGCAAGUGGAUCUUUCGCAUCAAAAGAAAUACUGAUGGUUCAAUCCACAAAUAUAAGGCACGUCUGGUUGCCAAAGGUUUUCUCCAAAUGCUGCGGCGUGACUUUACAGAAUCAUAUGCUCCAGUGGCCAAACCUGUCACUGUGCGUCUCCUGCUGGCCGUUGCUGCUGCCAAAGGCUGGCCAGUCCAUCAACUCGAUGUGAAUAAUGCCAUCCUUCAUGGCCGCCUUGAAGAAGAGUUGUAUAUGGUCCCCCCAUCAGGCAGCCAGGUUCCAUCCGGCCUUGUAUGCAAGCUACGAAAAUCAAUUUAUGGUCUGCGACAGGCACCUCGUCAAUGGUACAAAGAGCUUUCAGGCAAAUUUCUUCAUUUUGGCUUUCAGAAAUCUACACAUGACACAUGCUUCUUCUUUAUGGCAUCUGGCUCCACCUACACUACCCUUCUGGUUUAUGUGGAUGAUGUUUUGCUGACAGGGACUGAUCUUCCAACCAUUUUUCGUGUCAAGGCAUACCUUGAUAGGGAGUUCACAAUUAAAGAUGUUGGCAGUGCAGAUUAUUUUCUUGGUAUUCAGAUUGAAUCAUCUUCCUCUGGUUUCCUUGUCUCACAACAUAGGUUUAUUGCAGACAUCCUCCAUGACGCAGGUCUCAGCGAUGCAUCUCCUUGUGCUACUCCAUUGGCCUCCGGCUGCAAGCUCCAACAUGAUGGCGCUGCUUUCGACAAGCCUACAUUGUAUCGCCGUGUUGUUGGUCGCCUAUUAUACCUUACCAUGACUCGGCCUGAUCUCUGCUUUGCCGUUCAACAGCUUUCCCAGUUUAUGUCAUGCCCGACCACUCAGCAUUGGAGGGCUGCGCAACAUGUCCUUCGCUAUCUUCGGGGUUCCAGUCAUCUUAAGCUCUUCUUUCCUUCUCAAUCUAAAAUUACCCUCACUCGUUUGCUGUUGCUUCGACUCUCGCAAAUCUCUUACGGGGUUUGGUAUAUUUCUUGGUUCCUCCUUAAUUUCCUGGAAGACAAAGAAAGAGCCAACUGUAUCCCGCUCCUCCGUUGAGGCCGAGUAUCGUGCCUUGGCUGCGACUGUUUCAGAAAUUUUAUGGAUCACCUACAUCUUACGUGAUAUUCAGAUUUCUGUCCCUCAGCCCGUGUCCCUUUUCUGUGACAACCAAUCUGCGCUGAAGAUGAAGCAAAAUCCGGUUCAUCAUGAGCGCACGAAGCAUAUUGAUAUAGAUUGCCAUUUCAUUCGCGAUCAUCAUGUUGCAGGAGUCAUCAGUCUUAGUUUCAUUCCAUCUUCUCAACAAUUGGCAGAUGUUUUUACAAAAUCUGUCUCUUCUGCUGUCUUAAACUUCUUUCUCUGCAAGCUGAACUUAGUUGCUUCGCCUGCUCAGCUUGAGGAGAGGGUGUUGGAAGAUGAUAAAGGAUAACGAGGACCACAUUGACAAGUGUGUACAUAUUAGUAGUUGGUUAGGAAUCUGUCAGAGUUUGUUGUAAAUUAGUUUUUUGGUUCUAUCCAUCUCCAUGUAUAUAUUCCUCAACCCCUAAUUUACAAAAGAUAGAAAAUUCCAGAAUCGUCUUCCUCAUUGCUCUGUCAUUCCUCUUCUUCCCCUUUUAUUUUCUUCAAACGUAAACCUUGUAAAUGGACGGAGGGAGUAUUAUUUAAUAUAAACUUCAAAUUAAAUAUUUUUGUUUUAAAUUCUAAGAAAUACGCCGGAAAAUACUUUUGGUAAUGAAAUAAAGCAUAUCAAGUUAUGAAAUUAGCUUAGGCUGUGUUCGGUUGAAGGAUUUCAGCAUUUUUCACUGUACAUUUACUGUUUGGUUUGAUUUUUUAAAAUCUCAAGAGUCUACCCCUAUACCCCUAUAUUUUGAAAAACGACAUUGGUGUACAGUAUUUGUCGGGGCAUGCCAGGAAGAUUAAAAAAUUUGUCAGAGUGAUAGGAGAACAUGUUACCUUGUGGUUUGGGUACUAUUCUUCUCGAUUACGAUGCGGAUCGGUAACUGGCGGCGAACGGAGAGGAGUCAGAAACUGCGCAAAGAUAUAUUUGCCCAGGAGUGAUUGUUGGGUGAGGGUUUAAAAAAUUUCCGGUGGAAGCAUGUCAAGACCUGUUGUGGUCGGUGCAGCUCGGACUGAUUGUUUGAACAGCUCAGAUUAGUUGUUGGAAUGACCUACAAGCCCUCAUGGCUGACCUGCACAGGUUUCCGAUAUCAUCGUCCAAUCAGCACCCCGAUCAACAACAAUGAACUUCUCUAUCGUUUAGUUUAACCCUUUUGUCGUGCUCUAUACUAAAACCUCCAUUAAUGUCCGGUCUUAAAAAAAAUUGUGACCCAAAUUUUAAAAAAUAAAAAUAAAAUUUAUAACCUAAUUCAUAUGAAUAUAUAUAUGUAUUUUUUUUUCAAAAAUUUAAUAUUUAAUUGUAUUUAUACUAAUCAAAUCAAAUUUUACUUUUAAAUUUUAUACAUAAUUUUUUUAUAACAUUUAAAUAUCAAUUAAUUCAAGCUUUCAAACAAACACAACUUAAAAAUUUUUACUCCAAAAUUUUUUAAAAUGCAAAUCCAAAAUCCAAACCCUCAAACAAACAUACCCUUAGUUGUUGAACUAUCCUUCUCCCAUCAUUAAAAAUAGUUUUAUUUCUUCAAAUACUUUUUGAUAUU